UUUAAUCUAGUGAAUAAUUGCAAGACAAGAGUAGUUCUGUCCGGACACCCGAUGAUUAAAAUAAAAAAAAAAUCAAUAUAAAUUUAAUCCCACCCAAAUACCAAGGACGAUUCUCUCUUCACUCUUGCUGCUCUGAAUGGCGGACAAGCCAAGCAAAGCUCUGGUGUUGUACGGUGACGGGUUGCCCCGUUUCGUACACUCAUCGCACACCCAUCUCCACUCUUUUGCAUCUAAAGCUUCCUGUGGCUUCUUGACCCUCCCUAAUGCACCUCCCUCAGAAAGCGAGGAUGAGCGAAGUGUUAGAGAGUUUGCAGUGCUGCUUGAUGCAUGCCAAGCUUACCUUAAUAUGAUUGGACAUACUAGUGAACUAGAAUGCCAGGAAAAAUCUGUAAUUCCAACUUUAUCCGACAGGUUCAUGGGAAUGAGAGCUGCUUUAAUCACAGACAAUUCAAGGAUGAAAUCUUUUGGUGGGAAACUUGGCUUUACUACAUUGCAAUUAAAUGAGUUAUGUGGAACCAACGACUCCCUGGCUGAAUUAUCAAUAGACGUUUUGGCCAGUGAGAUGCUAAAGUUGCUUGGAUUUCAAGAUGGGAAGAUGGUGGAGGCAUGCCAGUAUGAUUUAGUGUUUCUGCACAUUGGGGCUGGUGAAAAGAUGGUUCAUGAGAAACAGAAGGCUGUUGCCAAUGAUGUGGAAUAUAUUAAUUCUUUGGUUGGUGGUAUUAUGCAAAUAGCUCAACCUGGAUCUGAAGUUGGUUCCCGUUUGCACUUAUCUGUUCUUAUGAGCUAUGGGUGUGUCUCAGAAGCUGAUGAUUCUGAUCUGUCAGUUUUGAUUUCUACUGAUGAAAAAAACUCUUUUCUUUCGAAGCUCAUCCCUCAUCAAAGUUACACCAUGAAAGGAGAAAAUCCCCGGAAUGAUGUUAGGCACCAUUGCCCAAUGUUAAUCGCUCAGUGGCAGUAUGCUGUGACCCGCAAAGAUAUGGCAGAGAAAUUUUCUUUUAAAGAUUUUAAAGAGCAUGGUGGUAAUCUCGUAAUACCCGCUGAUAGAUUUCUGUAUGAGGUAGCAUUUAAGCUCUGGAAGGCCCCCAAGUAUGGAGCAUAAGAUGGGAAAUCUACUCUGGAAUGGUUUCCAACUUUUAGAUGCGGCAAUGAAAGAUAAACAAAGAGUUGUGCAGUUCCUGCUGAUACAAUUAUUUGUAUUUUUAAUCUUGAUUUCGUUUUGCAAAACCGAUCUUGGUAUAAAGACUUUUAGUCUCAUUUGCCCAUAGUGACGAGGGCCAACUAAUGUCAGUGACGUUGUUGCAGUUUUUGAUUUAAAUCUAAUAAUCUAUCAUCCGAUGAAAUUUGAUAGAAAUGGGCAUUAUGAA